UGCCAAUCAGGGCUGCGCUAAUUAAGACGAGAUGGGUAUCUCUUGCCUAUUAACCCGCCUUGUCGGGAAUCUUUGCAACAUGCGGUCAUGCGACGGUCCGGCUUGGUGACUUGGUCAGUGGAUGGGCUAAUUUCUUGCUCCGGAUAUGUCCACGGUCAGAGCCAAUAGCCCAAUCAAUUCUUUUUCAUCCAUAGUUGCCUGCGCCUUUUCUCCUAUUCCUUUCUUAAGCUUGUCUUGUUCCGUGACCUUGGUUCUACGUUGCUUCGUUGCAUCUACCACGCUAUCCAAACCGCAAACCGUUCAGAUCGAUCGUCUUAUACAUAACCAUCCCUGGCGGAUAUACUAGACAUACUCUAAUCAUACUACAUGGACACUGCCGCAACCAUGUAUGCAGACCCGCCAAGAACCAUGGAGCGUGUUAGCCGUCGCGACAUCUUCACAUCACUACCUGCUAGGAUCCAAUGGUUGCAUUCGUUCCUGGAGUUUGGCACUGAUGACGUACAAGCCUUGAUAUCUGGGCAAAAGUACAUCAAAGCAGUCAUUCCUGCUAUUGUCAACAUUGUAUACAAGAAGCUUCUCAAGUACGACAUCACAGCCCGCGUCUUUACCACAAGGGACAGCAGAGAUGAGGGUCCGGUCGAGAGUUGGCCUACGGAAGAUAGUGCUCAGAUUGAGCACAGAAAGAUGUUCUUGAGAUGGUACCUGACAAAGCUCAACUCUGACUGCACACGAAUGGACUACUGGGAAUACCUCGACAAGGUCGGCUUAAUGCACAUAGGCAAAGGCCGUCAGAACCCCCUCCACGUCGACUACGUCUUCCUCGGCGCCUGUCUAGGCUUCAUCCAAGACUCCCUCUUCGAAGCCAUCCUCUCCCACCCACGUCUAGAACUCCACCGCAAAAUCGCAAUCGUAAAAGCUCUGGGCAAAGUGAUCUGGAUACAGAAUGACCUGGUAGAGAAAUGGCACAACACAGACGGCGCCGAAUAUGCACAAGAAGAAGAAGCCGACACGUUGCUCGGAGAAAUCGCAGAAGACGAACGCGAAGGUUACCUCCACGGCAAGAAAAUCCUAGGCGAUCAUGAUGGUUCUUCCAUCUUCACGAGCAGAACGGGAAGCAGCAAGAGUUCCGACAGUGGCAAAACAUCACUGGGUCGUCCUAUCGAGGAAGCAACACAUCUGGGCGAUGGCAUGAGUAGAUGUCCAUUCAGUGGAAUGGCUCGCUCCGGACCCAAUCCUGCGGAUUUGGAGCGUCAGCGUGCGACGUCGACGAGAUCUCCAAGGGUCAAUGGCACAGCGCCGGAUGUGCUUCAGCAUGCUGAAGGAAAACCUCGAGCCGAAUCCGUUCGAAGCUAAAAAGCAACAACACGUUGGCCAAGCCAUCUGAAGACAUCAACAAUAUCGGGCGAUAUUUUUGAUGAGAAAGCCCACAACCGACCA